ACGAAGCAACAACAAUAGGACCACGUGUAGAGAUGGAGUCGAAAUUCACUGCCGUUGAUUACACCAUAUUUGGUCUCAUGUUGGCGGUGUCUAUAGGAAUCGGGAUCUACUGUGCCGUGAAGAGUCGGGGGAAGGAGUCAACGCAGGAGUAUAUGCUCGGGGGGAGGAACAUGUCGCCCUUACCUGUGGCCAUGUCACUUCUGGGUGGUGUUAUAUCAUCGAUAUCUAUACUAGGUAACUCCACAGAGAUGUACUUCUUUGGCACACAGCUGGCCACCUCCCUCCUGGGCUUCAUCCCCGGCACCAUCUUCCUCAACCAAGUGAUGCUGCCUGUCUUGUACAACCUCAAGAUCGUCUCUCUCAACGAGUAUUUAGAGAUAAGGUUCAAGUCCAGAGUUCUACGCACGGUAGGGACGGUGUGUCAGAUGGUGGUUAAAACGAGCCUCAUGGGGAUGGUUUUGUAUGCUCCCUCGCUGGCUCUCUCCACCGUCACCAACCUCUCCACACUCAGUUCUAUGAUCAUUAUGGGCGCCAUCUGUACUUUCUACAUUACCAUUGGAGGCGUGAAGGCUGUGGUGUACACGGACGUCAUGCAGACCCUCGUCAUGUUCCUGGGUGUGUUGGUGGUGGUGAUCAUCUGUUGUGUCGACCUCGGGGGUCUUGGUAACAUGUGGAGGAUCGCUAACGAGGGCAACAGGAUUGAGUUCUUCAACCUGGACAGCAGCCCCUUCGUCCGUCACACCUUCUGGUCGACCUUUGUCCUUGGCUUCUUCGUGAUGAUUGGUAGUAUUGGUCUCAACCAGGCCGUCUACCAGAGGUUCGCCUCCGUCUCCUCUCUACGUAUAGCUAAAAGGCUGAGCAUCUUCUUCCUGGUUGGGGUAUACUGCCUGUGGACUUUGUUCUUUCUCUCCGGCUUGGUUGCCUUCGCCACCUACAGCACGUGUGACCCCCUCACUUCCGGGAAGAUCACCAAACCAGACCAGAUCCUCCCCUUCUUGGUGACCGACAAACUGAGUCACCUUACAGGACUCGCUGGGGUGUUUGUGUCUGCGGUGUACGGUGGUGUACUGAGCUCUCUGUCCUCCACUGGUAACUCUCUCGCCUGCAUGAUCUGGGAGGAUUUCCUCAAGCACAGGCCAUACUUCAGUGGCCUCAGCAGUAAGAGUGCUACCAACGUCGUCAAGAUCAUCUCAUCCUUCACCGGGGUACUGGCGGUGAUCUUUGGCUUGCUGGUGGGCAGUUUAGGGAAUGUGUUUCACGUUAUCUUCAGCAUCACUUCAUCUGUCAUUGGACCACUGGCUGGACUUUACGUGACUGGCAUGUGUCUUCCCUGGGUCACAGCUAAGGGGGGCAUUGUGGGUAUUACCGUGUCCAUGACGUAUGGUUUGUGGAUAGUGGUGGGUAAGUUCAUCCGUGGGGGAGGAUCACCACCUCGUCUGCCCCUGUCCACAAGCGGGUGUCCGGAAGCCUUGUUCAACGCCUCCGUCAACGCCUUCCUCAACAUCACGACAGUGGGAGAUUCUCACCUGCCCACUUCUACCCUGAGUGAUGGUCUGCUACCCAUUACCACACUAGCCAACACCACUGGACUGGAGGGGUCCGCGGCCAAGACACCCUACGACGUCUCCUACUGCUACUCCGGCACCAUCUGUAUGAUAAUGACCAUGGUGAUAAGCAGCCUUGCGUCCCUGUGUACAGGACCAAAUCACCCCAAGGAGCUGGUGAGCGGCACUAUCAACCCGACCUGUGAGAAGCUUUACGUGAAGCUCUGGAAGUCAUUCGGGGGUCAAGGUGAAGCCUCUAGCACCAGGCACCGUGAGCUACAGGUUGAAGAAAGCUCUAUGAAGAUGCUGAACUCUGAUUCACCCCCCCUGAUCCCCCUAACAACACCCUGAAACACUUCCCUCACCCUACACACCUCCCUCACACUCAGACCUCCCUCACU